GACGAGACAAUGGACCCACCUGCUGAGGACUUCCAACAGGUCCUGUCCAUUGACCAAAUCCGCUCCAUCCGUGCCAGCAACAACUACGUGGAGAGACCAGCGGUCUGCUUCCAGCAAGCCCGUUCCAACCCCUCCCUGUCCCAGCCACCACACAAGCAGGAGUGGUCCCAGGACCGCCUGGUGUCUUCCACCUUCCAGGACCUGCACCGCAGCCACAGCCAACAGCACCAGAUGCCACCUUUGCAGCCACACCUGAGCCAUUCCAGCACAGCCAGCUCAGUCUCCCAAAGCACCACUGCCUCUGACCAGCGUCUCCUGAGCAGCCUGACGCCCUCCCACUCCGGGCACUCCCUCAUCCGGACGCAGCCCUGCUCCAGUGAGCUGAAGGUGGAGGAGUCGCCGCUGAAGGGAGGGUCGGAGAAGCCCACCCUGCACACUGGCCACCUCUUCAUCUGUGAGGAGUGUGGGCGCUGCAAGUGCGCGCGCUGCACGGCCGCCCGCAGCCUGCCCUCGUGCUGGCUCUGCAACCAGCGCUGCCUCUGCUCCCCCGAGAGCCUCCUCGACUACGGGACCUGCCUCUGCUGCAUCAAGGGGCUGUUCUACCACUGCUCCACUGACGACGAGGACACCUGUGCUGAUGACCCCUGCUCCUGUGGGCCGGGGUCCUGCUGUGCCCGCUGGGCUGCCAUGAGCUUCCUCUCCCUCCUCAUGCCCUGCCUCUGCUGCUACUUUCCCACUCUGGGGUGCCUCAAACUUUGCCAGCGGGGUUAUGACGGCCUGAAACGACCUGGCUGCCGCUGCCAGAGCCACACCAACACGGUCUGCAGAAAGAUCUCCUCCUCCAGCGGCACGCCAUUCCCCAAAACACUGGACAAGCCGGUAUGA